GCGAGCGGCAGGCCAUCGAUUCUACCGCUGCAUUGCGGAAGCGAGCUCGAAACAGGUGAUCGCCUUGCGAAACCCCGCCUCCUCGAGGACAGUUUCUCAGGAUCGCCGCUCCAUUUGUCCACUGACACAGGCGAGUUUGCUUCCCCGUGCUGGAAUCCCAGCGAUCGAGGCCAGCAGCGGAUCAGGGGCGAGCGCGGCGUCACUGCUCGCUCGAAUCGAGCGAGCGCGGCGAGAUUUCUCGGGUGUAUUGGGCUACAGGGACGACAUUUUCGUUUUAAAGGGUUUGUUGUUUGGUGCAAGAAAAGAGAGCGAGGCGGGGAGAUGGUGGAGUGAGAGGGGAGAAGGCGCCGCGCGAAGCGAGUGGAGAAUCACAGGAAGAAAAGAGAGAUGAAGAUGCGUAUGGGGGCGCCGAAGCAGAAAUGGACAGCAGAGGAGGAGUGCGCGCUGCGCGCUGGCGUCGAGAAAUAUGGCCCAGGGAAGUGGAGGGCGAUCCAGAGGGAUCCAAAGUUUGGACCAGCGCUUGUCGCUCGCUCAAAUGUGGAUCUCAAGGACAAAUGGCGGAACUUGAGCGUUAGUUCCGGCCAGCCGCGGAUUCCCAGGUCGAAGGUGCGUCGUGUGUCGAAAUCCUCGGAGCGUACUGGCUCCGGGAAGAACCUCAGUGGCAGCAGUGAUUCCGAAGAGGGAGAGGGAGAGGAAUAUGAAGAUGAGGACGAGGAUGGGAACGAAACGCCUCCAGUUUACAAUCAAAGGAAGCAACUUGGCUCCAGGUACGAUGAGCUCGUGUCUGAAGCCAUACUCACGCUCAAAGAACCUAAUGGUUCAGACAUCUCGGCAAUCGCAAACUACAUCGAGGAGCAUCAGAGAGUACCAUCUAGAUUUCGGAAGUUACUCACCUUGAAGUUGAAAGCUUUGACGGCUCAAGGAAAGUUGGUAAAGGUAGGUAAAUCAUUCAAGGUGCGAGACUACUUGUUUUUCGGCAAGACAGCCAAGGGCACACGGUUACGACGGCAAGAUCUGGACGAGACGUCGCCAAAAUUCCUGAGAACCGCAACCGCGUUCGACUUGAGUAAUGCCAGGUCGAAGAUGAAAACGGCGGAGGAGGCUGCGAGGCUGGCCGCUCAAGCCGUCGCAGACGCCGAGGCCGCCGCCGCCGCAGCCGAACAAGCAGCGAGAGAAGCCGAGGCCGCCGAGGCCGUGGCCGAGGCUGCCGCCGAAGAAGCCGUAGCUCUGGCUGCAAGGUCCGGGAAAGAUCUAAUAGCAGCAGCUCCUGUGCCUAGCGAAGCACUCCCCGUAGUUGCUGCCAUCUAACUCUCCCUCGCCUGGGCGGUCGCAUUUUUGGGAAAAGCUGGUUUAACUUUGGUGUCCGUGUGGGUCGCUACGACGACCCUUUGUCAACUCACAAGUAAAGCAAAGGCAAGUAAGCAGUGCAUCCAAAAACAUCAUCUCAUUCACCAUUGCUACCACUUCAUCACUCAUCACCACCAUCUGUAAUCUAUGAGAGGGACAGAGAGGGAGACAUAGAGCACGAUAGAGACAGGGAAAGAAAAGUUUGUAUGUUAAAACCACAGGAAGGCUUUGUAAUUCCAAUAGAUUCAUUCACAGCGAGAGCUUUCUCGCUUCCAAA